CUUGCUUGGGCAUUUCUUGACAACCAAUAUGCGACUUGUGUAGAUCUUUGGGAUGAUAAGCAGUUUUUUCAAGAUCAUCCUGGUGCAGUGCCUAUCACCACAGUGCAGGGUGAGGAACUGAGAAAACUUAUCGGUGCUCCAGUUUACAUCGAAUGUAGUUCAAAAACACAGCAGAAUGUGAAGGCUGUUUUUGAUGCGGCCAUCAAAGUAGUUCUCCAGCCUCCAAAGCAGAAGAAAAAGAAGAGAAAGGGUCAAAAAACCUGUUCCAUAUUGUGAUCUUCUCAGUUCUAAAUUGGUAGUUGGCAGAGGAUGACAUGACUGUAGCCAUUUCUUGGUAGUCUUUGCCAUUCUAUAUCUUUGCAGCAUAACACAUGAUGGUGUUGGUGUUCCGGAAACAUUACUGAACCAAAUGUUCGGACGAGAGGGACAAGAAUCCGAGGAGGGUAUUAGUCUGCUCAUCAGCAGAAAGUUGCUGAAGCUGAUGUAAUUAGGGUAAUUUGGUUUGAUGUAUGUGAUUUGAUAUUAGUUGUUGUUAAUUUUGACGAAUUGUUUAAUUCUUAAUGGAAGAAAAGAAACACAAUUUGUUUAGAAGAGAAGGCAAGGGUGAUGAGAAACCUGGAUACCUCCCUGCUGAUAUAGUGUUCAUAAUUGAAGAAAAGAAACACAAUUUGUUUAGAAGAGAAGGCAAGGGUGAUGAGAAACCUGGAUACCUCCCUGCUGAUAUAGUGUUCAUAAUUGAAGAAAAGAAACACAAUUUGUUUAGAAGAGAAGGCAAUAAUGACUUGGAAAUAUGUAUUGAGAUUCCUCUAGUAGAUGCACUCACAGGGUGCUCUUUACCAAUUCCUAUAUUAGGAGGGGAGAACUUGACUUUGUCAUUUGAGAAUACUGUUGUAUACCUUGGAUAUGUAAAGGUUAUUGAAGGUCAAGGCAUGCCAACCCUUAAAAACGAUGGGAAAAGAGGUGACCUCCAUGUCAAGUUUCUAGUUGACUUCCCCAAAGAAUUGAGUGAUGAACAAUGGCAAGAAGCUUUUAGAAUCCUAGAAAAUUGUUGUUAAUGAUGACCAUAGUUGUACAUUUGUAUAUUUUGUAUGCAGAUAUGAAUGCAUUUGCUAUCAGUUAAAGACA